AUGAGAUCAAGCCACCUCUUCUACUCACUCUGCGCGGCGGCGCCUCUCGCCAUGGGAACACCAGUACUACCUCACCUCGUCCUAGUGAAGACCCUAGACGAGACAGUGUCGGAUCCUUCAUCAGGACCUAAGGGGUACCAGCCGGCAACCAUCACAACGGCGAGGGCAGAAGGGUCACGAACAGAAAUCCUGCAGCCCCUGGACCGUCAAUCAGUCAUCGACGGAGCGGCCGAGCCAGCCUUUGACAACCGGCCGCUCCCAUCGACGGCAUCCGAGAUCUCACGGCUUGCCUCUGCGGUCCUUUCCUCAGCAGGCCCACUGUCGUCGGACCUCCUGGAGGCGCUGUCGAAGCUGCAGUCGGCACAGGAGUCAUCACCACCAUCAUCAGAAGAAUCAGAGACGGAGUCUGAGCCCUCGCCGCGAAAGACAAAGUCGGUCGGCUCAUUAGUGAGGCUCGCGUCGAAGAACAGGGACGGAGGUGUGCUGCGUAUCAAGCAUUCCGGACCGGCAGAGGACUCGAAGGCCAUGAGGGUUCACCAGCCGCGCCCCUGUGGUGCCCACCACACCGACGUGCUGGUCAUCGGGAUGGUGUUGACGUUCCUGCUGGUGGUUCUCAUGAUGGAGACGUGGCGGCCGGUAUCGAGGACGGUGCGCCGUAUCUUUAGAAAUGAGGGAGCCAUCCGCCUGCAGGACGAUGUCGAGACGGCUCGGGCCACGUCUGUCCGGGCCCCGGGCCUGGACAUCCCCGAGACGAUUUACGAGAAGCAAGAAGAGGAGCAUGACGACGAUGACGAUGACGAUGAUAGCGAUUGUGGAGCUGAGCCGACGAGAGAGGGGUAUCAAAAGAAGCUUUCCUGGCUUGCAUACGAGGGAGGCGAGCAGCAGCGGCGGCGGCAGCAGCAGCAGCAAGCCAGCAAGGCUGAGCCUCAGGGCGGGGAUGCCGGGCGGAUCCCAAGCCUGCAUUGCAUCGCGAAGAAGUCAGCUGAACAGAGGCAUGGGCUCCACAUCCAGAUUGAGAGACCUAGCGCUCGAUCUGGGCUGUCUGUUGGUCCCAGCCGAGAGGAUCAGCUAACCAUGAGCAUGAGCAUGAAGCAUGGGCAUGGCAUGAGGCGUGGCGCGCUGGGGCUAGCCGUCCGGCGGUCCAGCGGUCCAGCCGCCCAGCCAUCUCAUCUCUCAAUCUCACUGUCACUUAUUGUUGUAACAGUGAGAGGUGGUAUGGUAUGGACGGCAUUGUUCCUGCGGGAUGCCGCCGAAAGGACUGGUGACGAGGGAUCUUGUGGCUCCAGCAGGACUGUACCCCAGGGACGAUCACCUGGGCACGGCAGCAAGAUGCACCGCACGCAGCCGGUGUUUGCCAGCAACAACUACAACGGCAAUGGGAUGAGUGCAACUGAUGGACAUGAGCAACACUCCAUGAGCGGCUCCAACAACGCCAGGAUCGCCAACACCCCAAGUCCUGCAAGGGAGGCUCUGAGCAAUGAUGAUCAGAGGGGCCCCCGUUUCAUGGCGCAUAUCUCUUCUUCUCCUGCAGGACAGCGGCACCCCGAGUCCAAGCCACAGACAGGCCCUGUGCCUGGGCUGAGGAAGAAGCUCAGCCCUCCUCCUCCCAAGUUCUGGCCCAGCCCAAUCGACCCGAGGCCGAGCUUUUGCUGCAGCUGA